AUGACGUCUAAUAACUUCUCAUAUAAUCCUCUAAAAAAUAAUUUAUACCAAUAUGAAAUCAAACCAAGCUAUGACAUAAGAUCAUGCAAAUGUUCUCAGAGAUAUAAGCAAAAAUGCCAAUGCUUUAAAAUAAAUACCUAUUCAAACGGAAAUAGCAACCCUUGGAAUUCUUUCACUCCUAACCCUUCCGUUGAAAAUAUUACUCAAAAGUUAAAAUCAUUUGACUUGAAAAGCGAUUCUACAAUACAUAAACAAUUAGAUUCAACAAUUCGAUUUAGAAAUGAACCGUUUGAAAAUAAUAUACCGUGGAAUCCUUAUGGAGUUGAUAGAAAUGGAGGAUUUGAUACUUUUGAAUCAUAUCCAAUUUCUCCAAUAUAUUAUUCCUUAUGGGAUAAGAAUGAAAAAUACAAAACACCAAGUAAUUGUGACGUAUGGGAUGCGCCUUGGAAUAAUAAUUUUGAUACUGAAGCUCAUGGUGCAUUGAGAUUGUGCGAAAAAUUGAAUUUAGAAACAACUGAGAUAAAUUAUUUAGAUUGGCAUAAUAAAGAUGAUUCGGAAUGCAAAUUAACAAGUUAUAAUGCGGAGGAAAAAAAUUUUCAAGAUAGCAACAAUACCAAUUACUUGAAUGAAACUAUACAGGAUUAUCAGAGCUUAUCAAAGUCAUUAACCAAGAAUGAGAAGAAUAUGGAAAACUGUUUGUGUAAUGGAAAUGACAUUUCUAGCCCUUUAGAAAUUUCCAGGCCUUGUAAUUCACCUGAAUUCUCUAAUCAAGAGGGGGAUAAUUGCGAUCAGAACGAAAAGUCUUAUAGGUGUUGCAUCGCUCCUUUGAGGAGAUAUAACAACGGAAAGGUUGGCUAUAGAUUAUCUCAAAAUUAUGUUCCAAAUAAAUCAAACAAUCAACAAUUUACCUUUCCGAAGAUCGAUUCAUUGUUGGAUUAUCCUAUAUUCGCUUCUAGGGUAAAUUGCGAUGUAGGCACUACUGAGCGUCAUGGCGGAUUGACAUGGAAUAGGCAUUCUAAUAAUGUUUUGUUGCCAUAUAUAGAGAACACAUGGUUAAAACAUAUGAUAGAUUCGUUGAAAGACAAGCCGGAAUGGUACGAACGGUUUUUUAAUAAUCUUGAAAAAUGCCUCAAAGAUGCGGUUACAUUCCUUUACAGACAAGGCAUCAAACCAUAUUUGGGCGAUGUUGCUAAUCAAAUGAAACGUUCUGUAGCAGAUAAUUUCUGGUCUGCUGCGGAAGUCGCAUAUGUUUCAAUUAAUUGUAAGGACAUUGUGAAACUAAAAAUAGAACUGAGAGUUAAGGGAGAGAUGGGAUGGGUGGUGUAUUUGGCGCAGGAACCACCAUGGUUUAAAGGAUUUGUAAACACACAUAGUACAAUAGACAAUUACUCUCCAUACUAUUGGAGGGCUUUAAAUAAAUUUUCAGUCGAUAUGGUAUCGUAUAAUAACGCAAAAAAUGGAGACAUAUCGACUGUUUUCAGUGGAGGACGGUAUGCUUUUGCUGAGAGAUUAAAAGAGCAAGUUGAUGCUUUUAAGGAUAUGAGACUUGGGCAAGUGGUCCAUUUGGUUCAGUUAGCUAUAUACAGUGGGAUUUUUGUAUAUGCACAACGAAUAUUACUUCCCGUAACAGCCUGUGAAAAAACAGCGGAAGAAUUAUUCCCUAGGCAGAAGAAAGUUAGGUAUCCAGUAUGUAUGUCUAUUAGGGAGGUGGCUCAUAUUAUAUCAUUAUUGGUUGAUCAUAGAAGGAAUGGCAUGGUUCUUGCACAGCUCAAACAACAAUUUAUGUUACAAUUUAAUCGAGAACUAAAUCCUAUGUAUUUUGGUUACAGGAAAUUACAAAAUCUACUACUAUCGGAAACGUUUUCGGAAAAUUACAAUUUAUUCGUCCCAAUCGAUAGUCCUCACAGAACACAUCUACAAAACAAAAAAUACCCUAUACCAAACGGAUGUAGAAUAUUUCAACAAUCAAAACUAGCCUACGAUCCAAAGAGAUUUUGGACCCCUAUGGAUGACUGGUACGAUCAGCUUCAUGUCCUAAAAGGCGAUAAUAUUAUUGAAAAUAUGCCAAUUGUUGUCGAAAAUGUCAUGAAUUCACUCAAUCUGGAACUGAAUUUAGAUAAGGAAUAG